AUGACUAGAGAAGAACCGCUUAAGAUUAGAUCUGUAGCUGUUAUUGGCUCAGGUGCGGCUGGACUGACAGCUUUGUUCGAAUUAUUGCAUACUAAGAAAGACGGAUCUACGACAAUCAGGUACAAGGACAAUGGUGAUCUAGACGACUCGAAGUUGCAAAACGAUGAUCCAGCUUUCACCAAGGUUGUUGCGUUUGAACAGGCCUCAAGAAUUGGAGGCAUUUGGGCUCCAAGUUUUGAUAACCCCGAUGUUAUUCCUCAGGAAGCUCUGGAUACUGAGCAAUACAACGACCCUUUUAUUUUGAAACCCAAAACAGUAUUGCCCGAACAACUUGCAAGGAGUGCUUAUUCUGCCAAGAGACCUCUGAGUACUAAGAAUGCUGGUGAUGCUUACACUUGGCAUAGCAGUGGAAUUUAUAGACAUCUGUAUUCCAAUGUGCCCAGCAGAUACUUACGAAAUUCAUUCAUUCCUUAUAACGAAGAAGCGGAGCGUAAAGCGGCGCCAAAAAAUCCCCUAGAUCCAUUGAUCACAAAUGGCGAGAUUACUCAUCGUCUUCUCCAGUUUGCAAAUAAAUAUCGCUUGGUGGAGCAUGUCAGAUUGAAUUCCGAAGUUGUCAGUGUUAAAAAAGACGAUAGCAGUAAGAAAUGGGAGCUUACGGUGAAACUUACAUCACCAGAUGGCACCGCCCAGUGGUAUUCCGAGCCUUAUGAUGCCGUCAUCGUUUCUUCAGGUCAUUACUCAGUGCCUUAUAUUCCGCACAUCAAGGGACUAUCAUCAUGGAACAGGAAAUUCAAUUCCAGUGUGCUGCAUUCGAAAUCUUUCAGAGAUCCAAAAGUUUUCAAGAACAAAGUGUGCCUCUUUAUUGGAACUGGUCUGAGUGGCAUCGAUAUUUUGCAGUACGCUUUUCCUAUUGCUAAGCAAGUCAUCGUGUCUAGGUCUUCCGGAAAAGAGGAAAUCUUCAAAUGGUUGACCAACGCAGCAAAUUCCAAUGGUAUCGUUGUAAAACCCAAGGUCAAAGAACUGAAUUCAUCCAAUGGUAGGGAAGUCGUUUUUGAGGAUGGUUCUUCGAUCCCCAAUGUUGAUCACAUUGUGCUAUCUACCGGUUACCACUGGCAUUACCCAUUUUUGAACCCCGCUGAAACCGGUGUGCGUGUUCUACCAAGAAAUGGGACUAUUCCAGACUGCUCAUCAAUGGUAGAUGGUCUGUACUUGAACAUCUUCUCCAUCAAGGACCCCACACUGGCUUUUGUUGGAGUUACUGUCACUUCAUACAAGUGGCCUUCGUUUGAAUUAGAAGCAUCAGCCAUCGCUGGAGUCUGGGCGAAUAACAGUGGGCUGCCCGGUAAAGAAGAGCUGUUAAGUUCGGAGCAGGAGAGAAGACAAAGCACAGGUGAUUCUGUCCUGUAUCACUAUUAUAGUGUUACUACUUUUACAGAAUAUCUUGAUAAGGUGUCCAAAUAUUUGCCAGAGGGACGCAAAUCAUCCGAUAUCUUUGAUUCUGAGCAUAUCGAUGAUAUGCAUGCCUCAAUGGCAACCGCAGAGAGGUUGUUUUACCAGUUCAAAAACGGUAAAAUUCCGAUCGAAGAUACUCUAUGA